AUGGCGAAUCCGACCAUUGUGCUACUGCCGGUCUGGGGCGCCGGCCACUUCAUGCCCAUGAUACAGGCCGGGAAGCAGCUGCUCGCCAGCAGCAGCCGGCCCCUGUCGCUCACGGUGCUCCUAAUGCCGGCGCCGACAGCGCAGGCCGCGUCCGACAUCUGCGAGCACGUACGCCGGGAGGAAGCGGCAGGCGCCGUGGACAUCCACUUCCACCAUCUCCCGGACGUGAAGCUCCCGACGGACCACUCGGGCAUCGAGGAGUUCAUCUCCCGCGCAGUGCAGCUCCACGUGCCCCAUCUCCGCGCAGCUAUAAUUGGCUUGACCUGUCCGGUGGCCGCGCUCGUCGUCGACAUAUUCUGCACGCCGGCGCUAGACGUGUCCGGCGAGCUCGCCGUGCCGUCCUACGUCUACUUUACCUCCAGCGCCGCGAUGCUGUCACUCCUCUUGCGCUCGCCCGCUCUGGACGACGAGGUGGUCGUUGAGUUCGAGGAGAUGGGAGGCGCUCUGGACUUGCCCGGCCUCCCCCCGGUGCCGCCGUCCGUCCUCCCGGGGACCUUGCUGGAACGGAAGAGUCCGACCUACAAGUGGUUCGUGUACACCGGCAGGCGCUACGUGGAAGCCAGCGGCAUCAUCGUCAACACUGCAGACGAUCUGGAGCCGCGCGUCCUCGCAGCCAUCGCUGAAGGUCGGUGCACACGUGGAGCCCGCGCCCCGGCCGUGUACCCGAUCGGCCCAGUGCUGGCGCUGACGCCACCCGCUCACGCCGAGGAGGAGGAGCAGACGCACGAGUGCGUGCGGUGGCUCGACGCGCAGCCUCCGGCCUCCGUGCUGUUCCUCUGCUUCGGGAGCAAAGGAUUCCUGACAAAGCCGCAGGCGCACGAGAUAGCGCGGGGCCUGGAGCGCAGCGGCCACCGCUUCGUGUGGGUGCUCCGUGGGCUGCCGGCGGACACCUCGCACGGCGCGCGACACCCAAGCGACGGGGACCUCGCGGAGCUUCUCCCGGAAGGUUUCUUGGGGGAGACAGAGGAAAGGGGGCUCGUGUGGCCCAAGAGGGCGCCGCAGAAGGAGAUACUCGCGCACGCCUCCGUGGGGGGCUUCGUCACCCAUUGCGGCUGGAACUCCGUCCUGGAGAGUCUCUGGUUCGGCGUGCCGAUGCUGCCGUGGCCGCUCGGCGCGGAGCAGCAUUUCAACGCCUUAACGUUGGUCUGCGACAUGGGCGUGGCCGUGCCGCUGACGGUGGACAGGAAACGGGACAACUUCGUGGAGGCGGCAGAGCUGGAGCGAGCGGUGAGGUCCCUGAUGGGCGGUGGCGAGGAAGGGAGGAGGGCGAAGGAGAAGGCCAUGGAAAUGAUGGUGGUCUGCCGCAAGGCAGUGGACCAUAGUGGGUCCUCUUGCGCUUCGGUGAGGAGGUUGUCUGAGGAUCUCCUCCGAGGAGUGGCGGUGUUGCCCAACGUGUGA